CGCCCUCAUACGUAACACGUGGUCCAAUCUUUCUUUCUCGACCGCCGCCAUAUUCCGCGGAAAGGUGGCAAUUCACUGCAAUCAUGCAGAUCUUUGUGAAGACAUUGACGGGUAAAACCAUCACCCUUGAGGUUGAGCCCAGCGACACUAUCGAAAAUGUGAAAGCCAAGAUCCAAGACAAGGAGGGCAUCCCCCCAGACCAGCAGCGUCUCAUCUUCGCCGGCAAGCAGCUUGAGGAUGGCCGCACUCUCUCUGACUACAACAUCCAGAAGGAGUCCACGCUCCACUUGGUGCUGAGACUGAGGGGUGGAGCCAAGAAGCGCAAGAAGAAGACGUACACCACACCCAAGAAGAUCAAGCACAAGAAGAAGAAGGUCAAGCUGGCUGUACUCAAAUAUUACAAGGUUGACGCCAACGGCAAAAUCACCCGUCUGCGCCGAGAAUGCCCCAGCGAGGAGUGCGGUGCCGGAGUCUUCAUGGCCUCUCACUUUGACAGACAAUACUGUGGCAAAUGCUGCCUCACGUACGUCUUCAACAAGCCAGAGGAGAAGUAGAAAACAAAAUAAACAACCAUCCGACCAGAUAGUAACAUGUCUCUAACAUGCCUGAUCAUAAGUGGGAUUCCAAAUUAGACUCCAUUCACCGAAUAAACUUGAAAACCCCCUUAACACUGAUGACAGUUUAUUUUAUUUUAUUGUGAACGAAGAAAU